AUGAAUGCAAACGAAAGAUUUAUUUUUCGUUUAAAGAAGCCGUUAUUGAUAAGCGAAAUAACAUCUUUGCUGGAAGAUCCGCCUACAUCAAAAAUUUUCAACAACUUACCCAUGAAGGUCGUUAAUGAACCAUCUUUAUUUUGGGAUAGCACUGAUUUGAAAGCAUCAAAGGUUAUAGAAUUUGUUUUGAAAACGACAGACGAAAAGACGAUUCAUGAUUUUUGGCAAAUCUUAAGCGAACACUUGCCGAUGCUUUAUAACGAGUUGCAACAAGAGAUAGCAGCAGAAAAUAGAAAUAUACGCAUAGAUUUUCAAGUAAAAUAUGAAUCCCAUUACAUCACACAGAAAUAUUUCGGUUCGGCUAAAAAUCUUCCUGAAAGAGAGAAAACCAAAAUUGAGGAAUUUUUAGUUCUUAGAACUCAAACUGUUAAAAACUGUUGGCAGUUUAAAUAUCAAUGCAUUGAAACCAAACUAAGAGAGGCUGAAAGUUUAGUGAACGAUUGUGAUGUCACCAUAGGAAAGUUGGCUUUAAAUUUGGAAGAAAAAUUGGAUAAACAAAAAAGGAAACUUUUGAAUUUUUUACCGGACGAUAAGCAAAUGAGAAUUAAAUCAGUGAUGAUGAGAUGCAAUGGAGAAUAUCCCACUUCCAGAAAGAUGUCGUGGAGGAAGUUGAAUACCAUAAUAAAUAAACAAAACACACUUUUAGAUUUCUGCAUAAUCGUUAGUGAAGAAAUAAUUAAAAGAAGGAACAAAGCACUGAAGAUUUUAAACGUUAAAAACAAGUUGAUUGACGUUGAACUUGAUAAAGAAUUAGGAGAUACUUUAAACAACUAUUCAAUAAUAAUGAAAGAGUUGCGAGAAAACUUGGCUGCAGAAAAAGAAAAAUCAAGUAAAAAAGACAACGAAAUAAAAAAUUUGAAACAAGAUUUAAAAUUUUUGUCAUCAGAAAAAGAUCACGAUAUUAUAAUGAUGGCUUCGAAUCUACAAAAGGUUAGAGAAAUAUCGAUCAAAUUUGAAAAAGAAUUAGAAGCCACAAAAGCAAAAUUAAUGGAAACAAAACAUGAAUUAUAUAGAAAAACUCGUUUAUGUGAAGACGGUUCCGAUCAAAAAUCUGCAUCCUAA